UGUAAAUGAAAAAAAACAACAUGGCGGCAGCUGUUGAGGGAACUCCUCGGAGGGUUCGUGCCUUGCUGUCGAGUUUUCUUCACUCGUCGGACAAAAACGGAAAAGCCAGGUAUGCAUAACGAGAAACGAUAAAAGCCAUUCCGUUAGUUGAGAUGAACGGAUUGCACAGAAAACGACGUUCUGACGCUAGUGAUAUCAAGUUAUUCCAAGAAUGCAGCAUGCAACUGUAAAGUUUGAAAUGCGUACACGCUGUCUUUGAUGUGGUCGUUUGCCCGUAUUGUAGCGAUCGAACGUUCCCGAAACGUGUCAAAUCUAUUUGAUUUAACUAUUUUUUUAUGUGGAUUUUAGAUUUUCCUUCACUAACCAAAUAUUUCCGUGGAACACUUGAUCAAUGAUUAUGUGGUGUGCGUCACAGCUUACAGCUAGCUUUUAUCGAUCAUCGUAAAAUAAUUUUGAUCUGUUUGAAGUUUGAGACAGUCAUGACAAGUUGUUUUUAAAUAACGAUACUCUACUGGAAUUUAAAACUUAACUGCACUGUGUGCCAUCAGAACACAGAUAUAAACUUCAUUUGGUUAUACAUUUGGUCCUAUCAUGGACGAUUGUUAACAGCUGUAAGACUUUUCAUUAAAAUUUUCUUGUUUCAAAAUUUUAAGCUAUCUUGAUUUAAUCAGUGAUCACCUGAGCACAAAAAGAAAAUUUGACAAAUGUAGACAUUUUCUAUCUUAGAGUAACAACAAGUAAUAUUGAUAAGAAAUGUUGGCAUCUGUGAAUGACACUCAAGAACAGGCAGAUAUUAUCCGUUUCGAUGGUCUUCUUUUGUAUUCUCUUUCAUAAUCUAUUUUCUUUGAUAACCUUGCAGGUAUCAUAAAUUCAAUUCUUAACCCUGUAACUCCCAUGAGUGACAAAAAAGGAGUUCCUCCUUACAAUAUUAAUACAAUAUCAAGCAAAAAAAUUAUGACAAUAAAGAAAACUUUUAAUGAGGGGAUGAGUAGUUGAUCCAAUACCAAAUUCUCUAUACUAACUUCAUAAGAGUUGUAUGGCAGAUGGUAAGGAGAAUUACUGAUGAGAUCAUGUGAGUAAAGGUGUUAGGUUCCUUACUUAUAUGUUUGUUUUUAUUUUUACUGCAAGUUUGAGGAGGAUGUGCAAUGUGCUCUUUGUGUUAAAGCUGCCAAUUUGUAUUUCACUGUAAGAGGAACUUACAUUUUGUUUAAGAAUACAGCUGUUGAACAAAGUAAACCACUUUUUUUUCUAGAACUCUCGAACAAGAUGAUGCCUCUUUGGACUCAGUUUGUAGAAGUCAGCCAAGAAGUAAAGAAGCAUUUUGGAAUCGUGUGGAAACCUUCUCUGUAUCUUUAACCAAAUAUACUUCUGAUAUACACCACUGUAUACUAUUAACUCUUUAACUCUUAGCAGUAAUAAUAUUAACAUGUAACUUCUCCUCAUCAUAUCCAUUCAUUGUCUAGCAAACAGGAAAUGAGAAUACUCACACUUAGCAGGUAGAAGUUGUUAUUUUGAUCUAACACCAAAUUCUCAUAACUGAUUUAUAGAUACAUUUGUAGCAGCUAUAGGGGAGAAUUAAGAACCAGAUCUUGGGAGUUAGAGGAUUAAUUUUCUCAUCAGUUUUCUUACUACUUUGACCUUCCCAUUCCAUUAUUUGGCGCUUGCUGGCUUCUUCUUCUUUUUCUUCCUCUUUAUAGAAGUAAUUGCUUAGGGUAAAGUUUAAGGUUAGGGUUAAGGUUAAAGAACUUAAUAAGCAGUUAAAAAACCACAACAAUGGCUGAAAGAUUGAAACUCAAUAAUCAGGUUGGGUGGCAAGAAUUCAAACUUUAAGGUCAUGAGAUUAAAUGAAAUGAUCACCAACUGAAGAAACUCUUGAUUGUUAAACAAAUUCUCACCUUCAUCAUCUUUGGAAAUGUAUAGAGAACAGAAUGGAGAAUAUGCAUUUUGAUGUGAGGGUGUGAAGGGUUGGAAUGCACAUCCUAAGCCACUGACAUGCUCACUAAAAUUUCUGCUCUCCUGCACUUUUUUGAUCACCAUUAUAUCUGUUUAUACAAAGAUCCUAAAUCUCUGUUACCCAAACACUGCUUUAAUUAUUAUCCUCUUAACUAAGUCCAGCCAUUUACAUGGUUUGCCAAACCUCUUGCACUUUCACCUCUCCACUGUGCACAAUAUGGCUGGGAAAACAGUGAAGUUGACAUCCUACAGUGUGUUAGCUGCAGGGCAUGUCUUGAUGCUACCAUAUCCACUACAUGGGAUUCUGAAAUUUGUGAGUAUUUUAUAUAUUGAUAUUUGACUAAAUAUACUAAAUUUAGGUCUUGAUGGUGGCUCCACCUCUGUCCCACCUCCAGAUAUAUGAACGUGAGACAAUAGCAUGACCUUGUGGACAAAACCAAACCUAGUAGGGGAAGCAGGGGAUAAUGCAUGUAAUCCACAUAAAGAUGUAAAUUAAUUGUCUAACAGAUCAGAUUGGAGCAAGUGAGGGAGGAUUUUUUUAAGUCCAUACCAAAAACUUCAUAGUAUGGCUAAUGUCAAUCCAUGAGGUAAAAAUAGAGAGUUAAAAUAAAUAUUUUAAAUUGAGUACUUACCAUAUUUAGUUACAAAAAUGUAAAUGUUGUGCUAUGGCAAACAGGAUUUUUUUAGAGAGUGGACAGUGACUGUCGGAAAAAUCAAUCUUGGAUUAAAAGCAAAUGUUCUGAUAGUACCUUUUUUGGUUGAAGAUAUAGGACAUACAUGUGCACAUAUACCCUUGGCAUCUAAGGCUCAUAUAUCAGGACUUGUAUUUACAUAAUUUUUUGUCCACAGUUUUCAAAUUGUUUGUAACAAAAUACACCCCUCUUUCUUAUUCAAGUGGAAAGUUCAAUGUAUCAACAUGCAGUCUCCAUGGCAUGGAAUUGUUUCACUGUUAACUCAAUUUAAUCUUUCACUUUAGAUGCCAAGACCUGUGAGCAGCUAAGAGAAGCACUUGUCAGUGGUCAUUCUAAACUGUGUCCAUGGCCGGAUAAUCCUUGCCCUGGUUUGUAAUAAUAAUAUUACAUCUCUUGUUGUGUCAGAAUUCUGUUUUACAUUUACUACAUGUGCUACUCAGGAUUGAAAUUAAAAUCAGCCCUCUUUUGGUAAGCUUUUGAUUCAGGCAACUCAUGACCUGCGGUUAGGAAAAAUGAAAUGAGCAUCUUACUGUAAAGGAUACAUGUCAAUUUAACAGGAUUCCAUAUGAUCAUUUAGUCUGAUUGUUCUGGUGAAGGUAGUCCUGGGAAAGACUGUUAUCGGUUGUGGUGACAGACAUUUUGACAAUCUGAGCGAAAGUUAUCGUCAUAGUCUAGGAUGUGGAGACAUCAGUCACUACUACCCAUAGCAGUCCCUGUCUGGACUACCCUCUCCUAAAAAAUCAGACCACACAAUCUAAUGUUACCAUGGGUUAAAACCAUUUACUUUUAUUAUUAACACUUUACACCCUACCAUCAGUAUGUAUAUUCUCUAUACUAUCAUCUAUACAUUUCUUAAGGUUCUGAAAAGGAGAAUUUGUUUUACAAUCAAGAGCUUCUGUAGUUGGUGAUCAUUUCCUUUAUUCUCGUGAUCAUAAAUUAUUGAUUCAACAGUAUUAUUAUAAGGAGAAACUAGAUGCUGGUCACUCUUAAGGUUUAGAGGGUUAACAGGAUUCUAUUCAAUUCCUCUUUGUCAAACAGAGUCAUUUGUAAAGUUGCCAUUAUAUAGUUAUUCACAAUGGCUUGAAGACUACAGGGCAAGAUGGAAAUCCAUUAUUACCCUUGUCGACGAGAUCCCACUUGUUGAUGAGCAAGCCAUCAAGGACAUGGUAAUGUCUCUUGACCUUUUCAUUCCCUAGAUGGAAUUAGUUAUUCUCCUUUCCAGCUGUCAUACAUGUUCUCUGAAAUUAGUAGUGAGAAUUUGGAAACAGCGGUAUUUAAAGGUGUCACCCUUCAGCUGAUGAUUUUAUCAACUCUCAUUACCUGUUUGUUGGAUAAUGUGUUCAGAUUGUUUGGAGAAGCAGCAGGUCAAUCACUGCAUUUUGUGAUUGAAAGAUGUAAUUUCUCCACAUAACAUCUAUACAUUAUCCAGCAAAAGGUAAUGAGAAUGCUUAGACUUAUCAGGUAGAAGUUGUUAUUUUGACCUAACACCAGAUUCUAGUAACAAAUUUACAAGGAAAUGUGUAACAGCUAGAGGGCAGAAUUUACAAGUACACCUUUGGAGUAAAAGUACAUUUAAUUUAACCCCUUACACAAUAACAUCAUUAUAUAAAAUUCUGUGACAGUAAGACCUGUACAGAAGUUUGAACCCAUGACCUCUGCGAUACUGGUGCCAUGCUCUACCAACUGAUCUAACAAACCAACAGGUUGAUCAGCUCCCAGUUAGCUUGUUAGCUCAGUUGGUAGAGCACUACACCAGUAUCACCAAGGUCAUGUGUUCAACUCCUGUACAAGCCUGAAUUUUUAUUAGGCUUUAUUCUUCUUUCUGCCUAAAGUAGUGUCUAUUACUGCAAAGAUCUUUCUCAUCUUCAUUUAUGAAUCUGUUGUUCCAUUAUAUGAUAUUCUAACAUUCACAGCAGGUAAGUCUUAUGUUUUCUUGGCAUACUACUUCUUUCAUUUUUUUACUCUUGUGAAAUAAUUUUUUGUAAUUUCUUGUUCCCCAAGGAUUGUCUAACGCCAGGUCACAUAGAAGGACUUCAGAAUUUAGUUGACCCUGGAUGUAUCAGCUGGACAAGGAACGAACUGGACUUAGAACAAGCCUCCAAAGCAUCUUGUAUUAUAGCACUUUGUGGUUGGAGGAGCAGGUAGUUAUUAAUCCGCGAGCGGCCCCCAAAAAUUAGCGCCUCGGCAUGGGUGUGUCUCCGCCCCGCGGGAAAGUGUGAGGGCUUGAACAACGCGUACGGCCGAGAGAUCAGCAAUGGGUCCGGAGAUUCGAGAAAUUUGAGAUUCGUCUCAAAUCUUCCCGCGGGCGGAGAAACGCGCGUGUUGCAGCGCUUAUAAUGGGAGCCUGGUCGCUGGCUAGGUGGUGGUCUGCAUUGCACACAAUAUGUCAUCUCUCUUGAAGUGUUAUCAUUCAGUUGAGGGUAUUAGUGGAAAGGAGAACUGGUGGUGAAAGUAUGUGGCAUCUCCUCAUUCUAAACUGAAGUCAUCAUCGGAGUAGCACAAUGCAGAACUCUCAGUCUCACUGGUGGUGAAAGUAUGUGGCAUCUCCUCAUUCUAAACUGAAGUCAUCAUCGGAGUAGCACAAUGCAGAACUCUCAGUUUUAAUUUUCUUAACCCUUAACUCCCAAGAUCUAAGUAAAUUAGUUUGGAGAAUUCGGUGUUAGAUCAAGAUGAUAGCUUCUACCUGAUAAGUUUGAGUAUUGCAAAUCUUAUCUAACAAACAAGUGUACGUCAGUAUAGACUACGAUCAGUUCUUCCUUUUCGGCAAAAUCCGUCGUGCGAGUAAAAAAACAAAAAAAAAAUUAGCGCGAAAAAAAAAUUGAUGUUUGUGCGCUGGAAGAAAAGAUGGAAGUGAGGCGCACGAUGAGUAUCACUCCCAAAGUUCCACGCGGCGCACUGACAUCAAUUUUUUUUUUCGCUGACACUUUUUGACUUUGCCGAUAAUGAAAGACUGCUUUUAGUCUAACGUCAGUAAUGAUAUGGAAUCGUUUAACCCACACAUAAACUUAUUUUACUUAACCUUCAUAGCAUCACCAGUGAUCCUGAUGUGAAUACCAUAUCUUGUUCAUUGUGUCGUCGAGAGCUGGGUGUGUGGAAUUUUUUCCCUUUGACACACGUCGCGACAGAGCAAGAUGAUGGACAAGUCCAUGAUGCCCCGUCAUAUCUGGACACCGGACAAAUGUUUGCGGAGGAUACGAGUUUCAGAAACAUCACACACCAGGAAGAGUCUGGAAGUAGAGAGAUCAGUGGAGAAGGCGACAACCAGGGAACAAGCUUGGCGGGUAAUGGAGAGCGUAGUACGGAGGAGGAUAAAGGUGAUCCCACAGAACCCAUGGAAGAGGGUGAUAGUUUUGAAAAAGGAGACAAAUCCUCAACAGAAGAUUCCACAACGGAGACAGUUUGUGAAUUAACAGAGACUUCACAUACAUUGACUGUUAAAUCGACAUCAGAGCCAAUGGGGCUCAAGUCUCCACUGCAUCGGUCAUUAUCCAACCUGCCUGGGGAAGAAGCAACUGAAUCCCUCUGUGUGGAGGUCGAAAAUGAAAGUUUAACAGAGAGACUACAAGAUGUGGAAUCUGAGCUGGAGUUUCUGGGGUACGGCCGGGAGGGUGUUCCUGAGGAGAACGACGGCCGGCCAAGAGCGAAGAAGAGGAGGCUGCAGGUGAGCGAGUCGAUGACAAGCGCGCAGCGUUGAUAAUUAGCGAAAGGUCCUGGUUUGAUUCCUGGCUGAGUUGUUGUGUUAAGGUCCUGGGAAGGACACUUAUCCUCAGACCCCUAAGAGUGGCUCGCGUUGAUUUAAUUUUUCCUUACAAUAUCACCCCAGAAUCACACAUUGAGGAUACGAAAAUAUGGAAAACGAUCACCAAUCAGAAAAAAAGCUCCUGAUUGUUAAACAAAUUCUCUUUGUCUGCACCUAAGGAAAUGUAUGGCGAAGAGUACGGAGAAAAUUCAUGUUGAUGUAAACGGUGUAAAGGAUUAAUCUUAUAGUGCCUCUCUUCACUUUGGAGUAUGAAAGGGGACUGGUAAACUGUCAGGGAAGCCUGAUGGAAUACUGGGAUAUAACGUCGGGUGGAGGAGCAAACCAUCAAGGGGGGUUGGGGGGAGAGUAGCAGUACCUCUUUUUCAUGCGGAAAGUCAGAUAUGUUCAAACAAGAUAGGUUUAACUUGCAGUUUUAGUUUCUUAGUAAUCUGAUGUGCUAUGUCGGUGGGUAAGUGAUACCUUUCAAAAGGCUUCAACUUUUAUAUUAUGACACCCCAAGUGCUGGUAAAACGGGGCCCAAUUGAGGGACAUAGCCUUGCAGAGCAGGCGUGAUUUUGUUAAGCGAGUGCUCAAUGUUUUGUGGGUGGAAGUUGUGGCUGCCAUCUUUGGUUUUUACAGCAGCAGAAGGCUGGGGAGAGAAAUAUGUGAAUGACGGUCAAAAAGAAGGAGAGGGGAGGGGUGGGGUUGUAGAAUUCAAUAGAAGUCUUUUCGUCGUUGCAGGCCUAGCAAUUCACGCUAACAGUUUAUCUUCUAAAUGCGAUGUCUAACUUCUUUUACUCCUAGGAGAUCGAAAGGAACACUUUUCAUGUGUUAUCAGAGCACCGCACGUGGUGUCCGUGGGUAGUGACUAUGCGUGGUAGUGACGGUAACACCACACCACCGGGGUGGAAGGUACUCCUAGGAACACUUCUUCCUUCAUUGAGUCCAUCGGCAACACACUUCAUUCAUGAGGUACCACUGACGAUUAAGUAGUUGCCCUUUCAAUACCCUCGUACUAUGCUUCCCAAGGAUGCCUUACCUCGUUUCAUAGCAACUCUCCCGUGUUCACCCCCCUGUGGAGUGAGAGAAGGGGAUCAGGGAGGGAAGUGAGGUUAGAGUAGCCUCGAGGUGCAGAAAUAUGGAUGCAACUUGAGUAGGGCAGGUGAAAGUGUCUGAUAAAGGAACGCUGUGAAACCUUUCACUGGCCGGAUCGAUCUGUGCGUUAAUUCGCUUCGUGAUCUCGAGCAAACAUUCGUAAGAAUAAAGAAUAUUAUCGAGCAGGAGACUUAUAACGUAAAACCAAAUUCUCUUGAAUAGCUAUCAAUGAUCUGUUUGCUCAUUAGCAAGGGGAGAAUGCUUUCAUUUCAUUCUUAGUAGUUUCUGAUUGGCCGAUGAAAAGGGAACCGCGCUAUGAUUGGUUGAGCUGUUAGGCGACCAAUGGUCGCCGAGGGCGGGAAAACUUGUAUGCGUACAAUCCUCGUCGCUUUUGAUUGGCUGACAUAGAAUCAACCCGUCUAUGAUUGGCUGUAGUAACAGCUGAGCUUUUUGAGCGCAACUCGCUAUUGAUUUGUAGGUUUUCCAAAAAAUAAUUUCUUUUUCUUUUUUAUUUUUUUGUUUCCAAUGUAGACUCAUCCACAAGAUGCGUGGAAAACAGUGAGAAAGUUACUCGGCGAGUGCUAUUCCCCAGCGAAACAAACUUGAGGCCAAGAAGUACAGCCGUGAAGGGGAGUUGAAAAAAUAUUAGUCCAUGAUUCGGAGAUUCCCGAAUGUCACGUAGUUCAUGAAUAAGCUCAACCCAUGUUGUAAUGAAACCAUGUUUGAGCAGCUGCUGAUGCUCUUUACAAUACCGCACAGUCAAUUGAAAAUAGUGACAUUUAAUCCUUUGUCUUACAGCAUAUUUAAAGGAUUGUUUGAAUUUUAAGGCUGUGAUUUGAGACAACUUAAAAUGUAUGUAAACACUGUUGUGUUACAUGGAUGGCGUGACCAAGUGAUAAUGAAGUGGUCACGCAAUUGCGAGGAAGAAAGUGUUAUUGAGAAAUAUUUCGAUGUAGUCAACGUGACAGACCUUGAGGAUGCAGCCGCUGUGUGCGUUACAGGAUGGAUUUGGAUUUUUAGAGGACCAAAUGAGGUGGAAAAGAACAUAAUUUGAUGGUCGUUUUUAUAGUUUUAUUCGAGAGCCCAUUACCUGGAGCCUCCAUACCAAUUGUACCCUUGAGUCAACCCUGUCUCGUAUCUUUUUAUUUUUAGAACUGAGAUACGUGGGGGGUUCUUUAAUUUUCCGUGAAAACUCGCUGACAUUCGCACAGCACCCUUAAAAAAAUGGUAAAUUUCCCGCGCUUUUCGCCAUUAUUGAAAUACUUUCGUGCGGCCUGCAUGUGACAUAAACAAUAGAGGACCACAGCUCUCUUAUGAUUGGUUAUUAUGUAAACACCCGCGAAAAACCCCGUGGGGGGUGCUUCUAAAAAAAUACGGGACAGGGUUGACUCAGAGGGCAAGUAUGGAAGGUGGAAGCUCCGAUAAUGGGCUCCUGUUUUAUUGUAGAGCAUUGUAAGAUAAGAGGAUGCCGUUACGACCUCAAGAUCUUUUGUAAACAUCUUCAUGCAAGUUAUUUACAAAUGCUAAAUAUUUUAAGGUUAUUGAUAAACUUUUAUGCGCUCUUAGAGCGCGUUUUAAAUGAGUAUCGUAAAACCAAAACCAAAGUAAUUGCAACGGAAUCAGAAUCGAAAAUAUUCAGAAGAGUCAAAGAGAACUCAAAGUCGAAAGAGGCAAACUGCCUGAAGAGCGGGAAAACGCGGGCGACCAAGUGGAGAUUGGUGAUAUUCUUGCCUCUGAUUGGUUGAGAGAAUGGCGCGAGGUUUUUGAACCAAUCGUGGAGUGAAUCAAGUAAAAACCAAUGUAACUCCAGAUUUCUUUCGACACUCGAUUGAAAUUUCACUAAUUCGGACAAUUAUAAGUAACUGAUUAUAAGUAAGUUUCGACCACUUUCUAUCCUGGCUGACGGAAAGACAGACAUAUGAAUCGUCGAGCGGGCGCAUGGGCGGAAGGAAAGACCCUCAGCGAAUAGAUGUACAAACGGAGGGAGGACGAACGAAAACUCAAACGACAGAACUCAUGGGUGAAGAGAUAAACCAUAACACAGGCAGCCUUGAAGUUAUACAUACGAACAGUUAGGAAACGAACCAGGCCCGGAUGUCAAAGGGCGGAUUACGCUAUCCAUUGGUUAAAUAUCUAUUCGGUGGAUAGCGCAGUAUGUUUUGUUGAUAUUUAUUCGGUGGAUAGCGAUUUUUCCGUUGGAGGCGUUAUGCGGCCUCUGAACAACUGGGCCUCAGUACUGCACUGCUUUGUUAAUGGCGGUUAUGCCAGAAAGUAUUUCGAAACUCGACUUUUACCUUAGGACUGAGAUUUGUUGCCCUACCCUCAUGAAGUAGUUUUGUUUCAUUCGUGACAUACGGACAGUGAGAAUUUUAAAAAAAACAGCAUGUAGCAAAAGUUAACUAAGAAAAACUUUUUGAACCUUUCUUGACUGACAUUUGUCGUUUCUCUUCUAUCUAUUGAUGCUGAAAUUAUUGUAAAAGGUUCUGUAAAUAAACAAAUAAUUAAUUUAUUCCUAAUAAAUUUCUGUCUGGCUGAUCUCUGCCUAUUGCCUAUUAGGAUAAGGAGUAUGUAUACAAAAGACAGUGCUUUCCGUACGCUCUGGGGUGGAGGAGGGGACCAUGUUAUCAAUUAAUGUUUUAUAAGAUAUAUAUUGCGUAAGAGAAGGAUUUUUAAUUGAGCGUCGAAAGGAAUCCAAGACUGAUAGAACUGUGCUCAACUUCGCUCUGUGAUUGGUCCAGAAAACUUGCCCCACCUUCACAACUCUAAUUCCAAACCAAAAACAAUCGAGUUUUGAUCACUCUUGUUUUCCCGCGCUUUUAGUAGUUUGCUUGAUCUCACUUUGAGUUUUUAUGGGCUCUAUGUGACGUUUUCCUUUCUACCGGCUGGCUGUUGUGAUUACUUUGGUUUUGCCAUUACGACUCUCAUUCGAAAAGCCGGCCUAUUAGUGCGGAUAGGUAGAAAAUAUUGAAGCAGCGAUGAUAUACCAAGAAAGAGCUUGGAUGCUGAGCAAGAACAAAGUAAAACGGACCUUACUCUCGGAGUUCUGCGCGGCGUGCGAACAUUAACUUUUUACGGCUAAUCUUUUUGGACACGCACGACCGACCUCACCGAAAAGGAGGGACUCCUCGUAGUCUAGAGGUCUCCGUAGGAUAUUUCAAACCAUACUAGAAACAAGACGCAGCCAAAGAAAAGAGUGAUCUAUCUCGACCGUUUAAUCGCCUUAUUUUCAUACGGAACUGUAGAUAUAUCUCUUCUCAGCAGAUGUUACGGUAUAAUCUAACCGACAGAAAAAUACUACAAUCCUACAAACUCAACUACUUUAUGAAACAGCGAGU